GCAACGGGAGGCGCUGACGGCGGGACCGGGCCUGGGAUCGGGACCGGGACCGGGACCGGGACCGGGACCGGGAUCGGGACCAGGAUUGGAACUGAGUGCGCUGCAGGGGGUGGAGGUCGCCUGGAGCCGGCAGCCCCCAAGAGAAAAUCCAAGAAGGGAGAUUUUGUGACAGGAGCAGCAGAGUGCCCUUGAUUUUCUUCCAGGGUCUCACCUUGUGUAAGAGCUGCCAUAUCCUUUCUAGACCUCAAACCACCCAGGCCACUGGUGUUUAGCUGAAUCCAUGGCAACAGGGGAUCCAGCUGCAUCCCAAGCAUCCUCGUUGAUGCAAAAAACCUUGGUGAAGGGCAUGGCAACUCCAGGGAAGGCAGGGAUCCCAUUAGGAGUCAUGAAGCUGUUAGAUCCACGUCAGUUAAAGCCUGAUAUCCCGGAGACAGAAAGAAUCCUAACUGUCUUGGAUGAUACCAUUGUCAAGCUGGAGAUCACCAGGCUGAUCCCAGGGAUUACUGGCUCCCUGGAGAGGUAUGCUAGGAUGCUGGGACCUGAGAUCACAAACAGCCUUUUGGAGCAUCAGAAGCUUUCAAUGGAAAUACAGCACCUGCUCGCCAGCCCUGGGGAUGAGGAGAACAUGAGGGCUGUGGAGCAACGCCUGAAAUGUUCCCUGAGAAACAUCCUGAGGCUCUUCCUGGCCAACCCCUUGCUUUACCAUGGACUGAAAUACCAAGUCCGGGUGAGAGAGUCACCAGCUGAUGUGUUCAUCAAAGCCUUUAUGGAGUUCCGGAAUUUCAUGCUGGAGAGGCUCCUGACCAGUCCUGAUGAGGAGAAGGAAAAGAUUCAGUUCAUGGAAGACAUUUCCCUCCGGGUUGAGAAAAACACGGAAACGAUCUCAGCUCUGCGGGAAGAGCUGGCGGCAGUCAUCCAGACUCGAGAUGAGGAGUUUAACAGGAAGGACAAAACUAUUGAAGAGCUCAAAACCAGCAUGGAAGAUCUGGCCAAGGAAUGCAAGGCUGAAAUCCGGCAUACCAUGGAGGAAGGGGAAAAGCAGCAAAAAGAGGAUGAGAAAGCCUCCCAGGACAGGUGUGCCAGGCUGAAACAGGAUGCUCAGCUCCUGGGAGCACGGCUCAAUGCACUGGUGCUGGAGCAUCAAGCCUCAGAGCUGGUUCUCAAGCAGGAAAAGUGCAAAGCAGAACGGGAAAUUCAGAAAUGGGUCCAGAAAUACGACAUAGAUAUGACAGAAAAACAGGCCACAUAUGACGAGCUCCAGGAUGCCUACAGUGAGGAGAAGGAGCAGUUGGCCCUGCUGAUGGAGAAACACGCGCUGCUGCUCCAGGAAUACACCGAGAUUGAGGAGGAGCGCAGGAUGCUUAAGGAGAAGGAGGAGGAAGCUGCACAGGAAGAGGCCAGGAGGAAUGAUGCUGCCACCUGCAUCCAGGCCUUCUGGAAAGGCUACUUGGUGCGGUCCAUUUACAAGUCAAAACUAAAGAAGGCCAAGCGCAAGAGCAAGAGGAAGAAAUAAAGCCCCAAAUCCCUUUUCUCUCCCUGGCAAAGCUGCUGUGUCUGAGCUCUUCCAGAUAAAAGCAUUGAAUUGUUAAGGUUGGAAAAGAAUUUUCAGAUCAUCAAGUCAAGCCAAUACCACAAUGUUCACCAGUAACCCAUGUCCUCGAGUGCCACAUCCAUGAGUUUUAUGAACACUUCCAGGGAUGGUGACUCUACCACUUCUCUUGGCAGUCUGUCCCAGGGCUUUAGGAUCCUUUCCAUGAAAAAAAGUUUUGAUAAUAUUUAAUAUAAACAUCCCAUGGCACAACUUGAGGCCAUUUCCCCUCAUCCUGUCAUGUCCUGCUUGUGUAGAUUUGACAGCCCACUCCUGACUUUAGAGCCCUUCCUUGCAGCCUCCCUUCUCUCCAUUCAGGAGAGAGCAGU